AUGACCAUGCAGAUCGACGAGCUGCUCUUCGACCCCGAGCUCAUCCCGGCCGCCGUCCAAGAGAGUGUGGGAAACGAUAUCGAGAUCCGUCCCUUGGCUGCAACUGAUGACGCGCGCGGCCACUUUGAACUGCUCACAGUCCUCACCGAUGCCCCCGCAUGCUCUCGCGAAGAGUAUAAAUGCUUGCACUGGCUCUUACUUCACGACUGUCUUCGUGGAGAAGAAGUCGGACAAGGUGGGCGAAUAUUCCAUGCGCGGAAGCUGAUCAUGCAACAGCUCGUUGCUGUCGGUACCGUUUUCGUGGAACGCAAAUUCACGCGCGGCCUCGGUGUUGUGGGACACAUUGAGGAUAUUGCCGUCUCCAAGAGCAUGCAGGGUCGCAAGCUUGGAUUGUACCUCAUCAAGUCCUUGGAAGAGAUUGCUCGUACCCAGGGUUGCUACAAGGUCAUCCUCGACUGCAGCACUGCUAACAUUCCUUUCUACGAGAAGUGCGGUCGAGCGACUGCAACUAUGGCCAACCUCGUGCUCCGCACAUCAGUGCCGUCGCUCCGGCUGGCCUCUGCUCACCGAGUUCAAAGAGCUGCCACGAAGCACUCCCUUGCCCGCCCAUUCUCGGCCAGGAGUGUCGCCCAUGCGCAGCAGGGGAUGACGAACGAGCGGAAGAGCUCUGUUCAGCAGUCUAGUGAUGGUCAGCGUGUCGCGAUUGAGUGGGAAGACGGCCAGAGAUCUGCUUUGCACAAGCUGUGGGGUGCCUCAAUUGCUUCCAACCCCCCGACCGUCACGUAUGCCUCUGUGAUGCCUGAAACUGCCGGAGAGGACGCAGAGCGAGGUGUGUUGCAGUGGCUCAACAAGGUGUACGGUUUCUGUUUUGUCACCGGUGUUCCCGUCACUCCAGAGGCUACGGAGGAUUUGAUUAGGCGAAUGUCAUUCAUUCGGGAGACUCACUGUGACUUGGCGUACAGCAACCAAGCUUUGCCGGCGCACACCGAUACCGCCUACUUUACAGAUCCAGCUGGCCUGCAGAUCUUUCACUGUCUAAAGGACGGUGAGGGAGGUGAAACUCUGCUCGUCGACUCCUUCUACGCUGCAAGAGAACUUCAAGCACGGGACCCCAAGGCUUAUGAGACGUUGUCGAGUUUGGCUGUCCCUUUCCAUGCGUCGGGGAAUGAAGGAACCCUGCUGCGCCCUCCCAUCAGCCAGCCCGUGCUUCGGCAUGAUCACCUUGGUAAUCUGAUUCAAGCUCGUUGGAACAAUGAGGACCGUUGUGUGCUUGGUGAAGGGUGGACCCCCAACGAGAUCCGCGAAUGGUACCGUGCUGCCAGAGCGUUCGAGAACAUCGUAACCAGCGCCUCCACAGAAUACUGGUCAAAGUUGACUCCGGGUACUCUUGUUGUUAUCGACAACUGGAGAGUAAUGCACGGUCGCGCGGCAUUCACCGGCGAACGACGCAUGUGCGGAGCCUAUGUAGGCGCCGACGACUGGAAGUCCAGGCGACGCGCUCUCUCCAGGCAACUCUAUCCCCCGGCGGAAGGCACCUGGGGCGUGGGAUGGCAAUCGUGGGAAAGUUUGGAACUAGGAGAGGCUUACUCCGAUGGCGAGCCCUCAGUUCCUCAAUUCGUCGGCUCCGUCUGCUUAGGGCCCCACCCUCCUGCUCCUCAGCACGAUCAAAAGGCGGGGGCGAGACGGCCGUGGUACAGGAACGGUGUCUCUUGCAGAGUCGGGUCGAGACUACCUCCCACGAUUGCGACCGUGGGAAAGUACGAGGACAGCCGAGGCUAUGUACAAUCUGCUAGCAGCUCUCGUGUGACCGUGAGAAUCCUCGGAACUCGUGAGCCUUCUCCUGACGGCAGACUCAGAUUUACUGCCAUGACUACCGACGGGGAGCUUCACUUAAGCGUCAGCCUCCUCCUCCCAGCGUUCUCCAUGCUUGCGUCUUCGCCUUUCGAGCUCAAGAAUGUGCAACUCCGGGUGUAUAUUCUCUAUGCUCCUCUAGGCCCGCCAGAUGUCAUGAUAGUGAAGUUAAGAGCGACUACGGGCGCUGGUUGA